CUUAUGGGGACCUUGGUUGCGUCGCCCUUCAUGGGCCUCGACGAGAAAGAUGAAGAAGGAUGCUUCUUUUGUUUCCCAGAUUUAUCCUGCCGUACUCAUGGGAGCUAUCGCCUUCGCUUUGUAUUCACGAGGCUUGCGUUGGGCGAGUUACAGCCUGGAGCUACUACGUCAAUAAUUACUUCGACAAUGAGCGAUGUCUUUACGGUUUUUACCGCCAAAGAUUUCCCGGGCAUGCGCGCUAGCACCCCAUUGACCGUUGCUUUGAAACGGCAGGGCUGUGCCAUCUCGGUCAAGAAGGGGAGCGAGAAGAGCAAUGCUAAUUCUCGAAAGGCGGAUAGCGACGAUGAGUACUUGGCUCGUCAGGGGACCAUGGCAAAACGUCGGAGAAGAUAA